AUGCAGCCCCUCCCCGACCCCUCACCUACCUACACACCCGCUGUCUCUGACCUCCAUUUGCCAGUUUCUACUGCUAUAAAAUUUCUUCAAAAUCCAAAGGUAACACAGAGUCCCUUGGCCACCAGAAAAGCGUUCCUACAGAAAAAAGGCUUGACAGAUGAGGAGGUUGAGUUGGCCAUUCAACGUUCGGGCAGCACAGAAGAGGUCCUGCCUGUUAGAAUUGCAGGCCCUCCCCAUCCUCUUGAUUCGCCUCACUUCGCUGCUGUUCCUCAAAGUUCAAAUGGCUACCGAUGGAGAGACUAUGGUGCAUUUGCCGUCAUGAUGGUGGGCAUAACCUACAGCUGUCAUCUUCUUUACAAGAAAUACAUCCUUCCCCUCAUUAUGGACAGCCGAGAGGACAAGAAGCAUCUGCAGAAGAUGGAGAGCAACAUCGCAGCAAUGAGUGGCACGCUGACACAGACAGUUGGACAACUGCAGCAUACCAUGACUUCACUCCAGGAGCUCCUAGUCCAGCAGCAGCAGAAAAUCCAGGAGCUCUCUCAGGAACUAACCACAGCAGAGACGGCGUCUGCAUCUAGCCGCAUCCUGGAAAACCAAAUGGUUGGAGAGCUGAAAGCUGAGAUAGUCUCUUUGAAGGGUUUACUGCUCAGCAGGAGACAAUUUCCUUCAACUCCCGCAAUAUCUAAGAUCCCAUCUUGGCAGAUUCCCUUGAAAGACCCCCCCGCAUCCAGCUCCCAGUCUGUCAACCACAGCAGCAGCGAUAUCUCACCUGUCAGUAAUGAGUCAGCCAACUCCUCCCCUGUCAAAGACGGAUGCACCAGCCCAGGGGAUGUGUUAGGUGGGGCACUCUGUGUCAAUGGUGAUGUUGUAGGCCUCGACACAGCACUACCCUUGGACUUAAAAGAUCAAGUUCCCAUUGAGGUGCAGGGAGAAGAGGAAGUAAAUGGCAAUGUCACCCAGGAAAAGGGAGAGGUGGACGCUCUAAGUGAGCAGAGCGAUGAUUGUCAAGGUAGAGAUGGACAGAUCCACAAACCGGAAGACUAA